AUGUCACAGAGCCACGCAUCCCAAUUCUCCGAUAACUAUCCCUCAUCCAUCUUUGAAGAUAACCCUGUGGAUGCACUCUCCUUCCUUACAUCUGAUGGGCCGUUUAACCUAGACGGACACGAAACACCAACCUCUACUCCAAGUGUGACUUUCACACGGCCAGUAGUACCUAUCCUGAUUCCAGAAACCCUUGAGCGUGUUGGGCCAUGUGGCGGGAAGAAGUAUAUCCUUUGGACAGAGAUGUUUAACGAAGAUUUUGUCGCCUGGUGGUUAAAAACUGAGUACGGAAGUGCAACAAAACGAAAUAUCUUUGAGGGUAAACGACAGGCAGGCUCUUGGGAGCACUUCCACCAGGUUGCUACGAUCUCUGAUGGAUCCCCUAAGGUGAUGUGUAAGCAGUGUGAUCAUAUCCUUGCUCAUCCUGCCGACCGGCACCGGGGAACGUCUACUAUGAAUAGGCAUUUCUUACAGGCCGCUACCUGUCAAAAGCGAAAGACUAAAACACAUGAUAUCAGAAAGAUGAUCUCGAAUGGGGCAAACCUUCCGUCUCGCAAAAAGGUCUUUUCACCAGGAGCUUGGAUGGAUAGGUUAACUACCUUUAUUGUUGCUUUACGCCUACCAUUUCAGCUCGUUGAGCACCCUGAAUUUCGCGCCCUUAUCGAAAUAGCUUCGUCUGCCCCAACUAUCCCUGAAAUUCCUGGUGCUAGGACUAUCCGUCGGCAUCUUCAGGAGACAGUCAGGGAACGUCAGGAUUCUCUACUGCAAACAUUCCCAGAGGGCGCCAAGCUUUCUAUAGCAUUAGAUUGCUGGACCUCCCCUUUUCGCCAGGCUUUUAUGGCAGUCACAGGCUACUUUAUUGACCUUGAGUGGAACUACCGUGAGAUCUUACUCGGCUUUGAACCUCUACGUGGCUCCCAUACAGGCGCUUAUCUAAGUAGUGUACUACUUGAGUUACUUGAGAAGCACCAAAUUACCAACCGCGUGCUUACGAUCACUACUGAUAAUGCAUCGAAUAACGAUACAUUACUGACUACUCUCGAAGAGGCAGUUUCGUCUCUUGAGCUGCCUAGUCAUAUACCGAUUAUUCGUAUACCAUGUAUUGCACAUGUUAUACAGCUCAGUCUCAAGGAGCUCCUUGGUCAGAUGGAUGCGAACCCAUUGAAUGAUAGGGAAGAGAUGGAAUGGGCCGAUCAGAGAUAUAGCGCCCGGCAAGAGAACAGACAGAUUGUGCAAACCCUGAAUAAAGUUCGGAAGAUUGCAGUCUAUAUCAAUAAAAGCCCCCAGCGCCGCGAGAGCUUUAUCGGACUGCAGACAAAAGAACCGAAACUUAUGCCAAUCCAAGAUGUCCGAACACGCUGGAAUUCCACAUUUCUUAUGCUUCGGCGCGCACGUCGGCUACAGACUACAUUUAAUGGAUUUUGUGCACAGUUCAAUCUGACGGAUAUGAAGAUGGAUAAAGAUGAAUGGCGACAGGUUGACUAUCUACUGUCAAUUACCUAUCCCUUCUUUAAAUUCACUUCAUCUUUAUCAGCUACAACUGAUGUGACUAUCCAUAAUGUGUUUGGGAUCUACAAUGCCUUAUUUACCCACGUUGACAAGGCAAAGGCGCAGCUAGCACGAAAGAAAGUCGGGUGGAAGAAGGUAAUGAAGCUGGCGCUAGAGCAUGGGCGCGAUAAGCUUACGGAAUAUUACGGCAGGACUGAUGAUAUUCCAAAUGAUCUCUAUGCAAUUGGAACUAUCUUAGGUCCCCGCAAUAAGCUUGAAUUCUUCUUAACACUAGAAUGGGAGACACACUGGGCACCGCGGUAUAAGCAGUCCCUUGAGACUUAUGUCCAGCCUUACCAGCAGCGUCAUAUAGAGGCACAGUCAAUAUCAACUAUCCAGUCAAUGAGCAACGAUAUUUCUGACAUUGAUAUCCUUCUGAGACCUACUACAUCUCUCCAGUCAAGACCGACCACUUCAGAUGAACUCACAAGGUAUCUUGGAAGUAGUACUGUCCAAUCAACACCACUAGUAUUCUGGAAGGCUCAUGAGGCAGAGUAUCCUAUCCUCGCAAGCCUUGCCCGAGAUAUCCUUACAACUCCAGCUAGUGGCUCUGGGGUAGAGAGGCUUUUCAACUCUGCUCGCGAUAUAUGCCACUAUCGCCGGGGAUCGUUAAGACCACAGACUAUUCAAGAUCUAAUGAUGUUUAUGUGUACAACAAGAUUUGAUAUCCAGUCGGAGCAGCUUGCGCUAGUGGAUGAGUUUCUCUCCACCCAAGAGAGGCAUACAAAGAAGGAGCAGGAUGAUGCUGAGCAAGAGACUAAGGAGUAUGAUCCUAUCAGCGAUGAUGAGGAAGAUCCUAUAAUAGACGCUUCCGUUGAAGUAUCUAUUGAGCGACCUAGUUUACGCGCGCUAGGGAAAAGAAGGGCUGUUGAUGAUCAGCUUACUGAGCCAGAUGAUGAUGAGAUCCCUUUACCUGAUUUUGAUAUCCAGAGGCGUUCAUCAGGGCGGAUUCCAAAGAGAUUGAGAUAUGAUGAGGAUUUUGUAUAUAAUUAG